CCUCGAUCUCCCUGUCUGUGCCCACCCACACACUAUAUAAAGUGGGUCCACAGCCCUGCAGACACUCUGCCUUCCUCCCAGCCACAGACCCUCAGGCACCAUGUCCAUCCAGAAGAUCCACGCCAGGGAGAUCCUGGAUUCCAGGGGAAACCCUACAGUAGAGGUUGACCUGUACACAGGCAAAGGUCUCUUCCGGGCGGCUGUGCCUAGUGGGGCGUCCACUGGAAUAUAUGAGGCUCUUGAGCUGAGGGAUGGAGACAAGAGCCGAUAUUUGGGCAAAGGUGUUCUGAAGGCUGUGGAUCACAUCAACAAGACCAUUGUACCAGCUUUGCUGGAGAAGAAACUUAGUGUUGUGGAACAAGAAAAGAUUGACAAAGUGAUGCUGGAACUUGAUGGGACAGAAAAUAAGUCUAAAUUUGGUGCUAAUGCCAUCCUGGGUGUUUCUCUGGCCGUGUGCAAGGCUGGUGCAGCAGAGAAAGGUGUCCCCUUAUACCGUCACAUCGCUGACCUGGCCGGAAACCCCGACCUCAUCCUACCCGUCCCUGCCUUUAAUGUCAUCAACGGGGGUUCACACGCAGGGAAUAAGCUGGCCAUGCAAGAGUUCAUGAUCCUUCCCGUAGGGGCCUCUACUUUCCGGGAGGCAAUGCGUAUUGGAGCAGAGGUCUACCACAACCUGAAAAAUGUCAUAAAGGCCAAAUAUGGAAAGGAUGCCACCAAUGUCGGUGAUGAAGGUGGAUUCGCUCCCAACAUUCUGGAGAACAAUGAAGCCUUGGAGCUACUUAAAUCAGCUAUCGAGAAAGCUGGCUACACUGAUAAGAUUGUCAUUGGUAUGGACGUGGCUGCUUCGGAAUUCUACCGCAAUGGCAAAUACGACCUUGACUUCAAAUCCCCGGAUGACCCAACUCGUUACAUCUCAGGAGAGAAAUUGGGAGAUCUGUAUAAGAGCUUCAUUAAGUCAUACCCAGUGGUCUCCAUUGAAGAUCCAUUUGACCAGGAUGACUGGGAAACUUGGAAGAGUUUCCAGAGCACAGUUGAUAUCCAGAUAGUUGGAGAUGAUUUAACUGUCACCAAUCCCAAGAGAAUCCAGCAGGCUGUGGAAAAGAAAGCAUGUAAUUGUCUGCUCCUGAAAGUCAACCAGAUUGGCUCAGUCACCGAGUCCAUCCAGGCGUGUAAAUUGGCUCAGUCCAAUGGAUGGGGGGUUAUGGUGAGUCAUCGUUCUGGAGAGACUGAAGACACAUUUAUUGCCGACCUGGUGGUGGGACUGUGUACUGGACAGAUUAAGACAGGAGCUCCAUGUCGGUCAGAGAGACUUUCUAAAUACAACCAGCUCAUGAGGAUUGAAGAGGAGCUCGGAGAUAAGGCUAAGUUUGCUGGUCGUAACUUCAGAAACCCCCGCGCCAAGUAAACGCUGGCAGCAGCACCACAUUGAAGCUAUGUCUAUUCUAACUGAAGCCCAGAAUCCUUUGCAAUGCUCUUGCCAACACUUAAAGAAGUCCAUUCCUGCAGUACUGUGCACACCAUCUGCUUAGAGGAUUUACCUACCA